UUCUUUCUCCUUCUUCCCCACUUCAACCCGUUGCUCCUCUCUCCCCUCAUUCGGUCCUCACACUCUUCAUUUCUUUCCGUUGCAAGCUUCAAUUCCUCCACCCGCCGCCGAACCAAGCCCCUGGCCAGCGCCGAUAACGCCGAUUGAUCUCUUCGUUCUCCGCCCCUAUCUCUCUGCUAUCUCAUUUUUCCUCUAUUCUGUCUCUCAAUCUUUCUCCGUCUCAAACACCAAGACCCAUGAUCGCCGAUCGUGGUUGGGUUCGGUGCCGAAACGGUUUGUAAUAAUUUAGGCCCAGCCCAUGGCGAUUCCUACUUGAGUUUUCUUCCCCAAAACCAAAAUUCAUUCCUUGUUCCUGUUCAAGUAAGGUCGUAAAAUUCAUUCCUUCCUUGUUGUUUGUUUGUUUUGGUCGGUCAUCGAGCUUCAUUCAAACAUGGCUUCGAAGCUCGUCAGGCAUAGCCAUCUCCGAGCCCUAAGCUCCUCCAUCUCCAUCAACAACCACAUUCACUCUCCUCACUUCUCUAACCCUAACCGAGCUCCCCUCAGCUUCAGCUAUAGGCUCUUCUCCAAUGCCUCCUCUUCUUCUUCCUCUACUGGAGGAUUCCAACGGUCUUCCUCUUUGAAAGACCUCGAGCUCGCUAAAUUCGCCUCCAUUGCUGAAACCUGGUGGGAUUCUGAAGGGCCAUUUAAGCCAUUGCAUGUGAUGAAUCCUACAAGACUUGCUUUCAUUCGCUCCACUCUUUGUCGACAUUUCCGUAAGGAUCCUAACAGUGCUAGGCCUUUUGAAGGGCUUAAAAUAGUUGAUGUUGGUUGUGGCGGUGGAAUUCUCUCAGAGCCAUUAGCUCGAAUGGGAGCUACUGUAACAGGAGUUGAUGCUGUGGAGAAAAAUAUCAAGAUUGCGCGCAUUCAUGCUGAUUUGGAUCCAGUGGCUUCAACUAUUGAGUACUGUUGCACAACAGCUGAAAAGCUAGUAGAGGAAGACAGGAAGUUUGAUGCUGUGAUUGCUCUAGAAGUAAUUGAGCACGUAGCAAAUCCUGCUGAAUUCUGCAAGUCUCUGGCAGCAUUAACUGUUCCUGAUGGAGCUACUAUAAUUUCAACAAUUAACCGUUCUAUGAGAUCAUAUGCAACUGCCAUUGUUGCAGCAGAGUACCUCCUCCAUUGGCUUCCUAAAGGUACACAUGAAUGGUCAAGUUUUCUCACUCCUGAAGAACUAGUCCUGAUCCUUCAACGUGCCAAUAUAACUGUCAGGGAAAUGGCUGGAUUUGUUUACAACCCCUUGACUGGAAGAUGGUCUCUAUCUGAUGAUAUUAGUGUAAAUUUCAUUGCUUUUGGUACAAAAAACUGCCAAUAGAUAAGAAUAUACCAUUAUAAUUUUCCUAGUUUGUUCUCUUCCUUCUUUUUUGGUUUUUUGUUUUGGUUUUGGUGGGGGAUUGGAUGAAAUUUUUGUACUUGUUCAUAUAAAUAAUGAUGGGUAGAUCCAACACAUUUAUGACAAAUAUUGAUUUUUAUAUGGGCCAUUAUUUUA